UAUUGCCUCAUGAUGCAAAGGUCUCAAAAUCCGGGUUUACUCUGUGUAACUCGUGCCUCUUACCCCCUCGCAUAGCCGAUACUAUGCCAUAAUUUGGGGGGAGGGAGGGGUGGUGACGUUGCGGUUCGGCAGCCAUCGACGAUUGCUGCAGAUCGCGAAUCCUGAUAUACCUAGUUGUCGACGUUUUAGCCGUGCUCGUUCGCUACAAAUAGGCGUGCAGUCGAUGGGGCAUAUGAAUUUCGAAUCUUUUCUUAAUAUCAUAGUCCGAUUGUAAUUGACGACCUUGUAGUAGUUGGUUCUUCUCAUUCUGCGUUUCCCGCAUCGCACCAAAGCAGCCUCAUUCUAUCUAACACGAGGGUGCUUUUACUCCUACGCCAGAACGACCUCUACCUAUCACCGUAUACAAGAACACACGAGCCAUAAUGUCGUCGAGCCCCGACGAGCAGAAGCAGAAGCAGCCUCAGGGGCGGCCGACAGACCUCCAGGAGACGGACCACUCGGACGCCUCGGACCAGCUGUCGGAGACGUCGCGGCCCCCGCGGACGCGCCGUCGCAACCGCCGUCGCCCGGGCUCGGUCCAGCCGCUCCAGGCGCAGGAGGACCAGCAGAUGCUGCAGCAGCGACAGCAGCAGCAGAUGUUGCAGCAGCAGCAGAUGCAGCAGACCGUGCAGCAGCAGGACGACAAGGGGGGCAAGUCCGACACGCUGAGGCUUCGUCUUGAUCUGAACCUCGAGGUCGAGGUCACCCUCAAGGCGCGCAUCCACGGCGACCUGACGCUGGCGUUGCUGGAUACUUGAGCCGCGCACUUACGGGGACACGGGUUGUAGGACGAAAGUAGGAUGCUCGACGACGACGACGGUCGGGCGGUUUCGGUUUUGACACGAGGAGGUCCUGUCGUGUAUUGAGACUCUAGGCGUUCACCGUGCACGGUUCUUCCCUCUCCUUUUCUGUCUCUCUGCAGGCGAUCGCCGUAUUUAGUAUUUGGCCAGUAUAUCCA